AUGAAGUCCUUCAUUACUUACCCUGUUCUUGGUGCAUUGGUUCUAGCUGGCGAUAUCGUUGCAGCUUCGAGGUUGCAAAGACGACAAGAAGCCGUCACAGUCACCCACACCGUCCCCGCACCACAGGCUUCGACGACAGCCUGGUCUUGGAAUGCAGGUGGCUCAAAUAUCUGGCCCAUCCACGAGUCCUGCAAUGCGACCGAGAAGGCACUCCUGAAGCGAGGACUUGACGAGGCGGCGACUCUUGCGGGCCAUGCUAAGGACCACGUCCUUCGCUUCGGUAACUCGUCUGAUUUCUACCAGAAGUACUUCGGCUCUGCAUCUACAGGCGAGGUCAUUGGAUGGUUUGACAAAAUUGCCAAUGGUGACCGCUCCAGAUACAAGUUUCGAUGCGACAACCCUGAUGGAAAUUGUGUCCUUCCUGCUUGGGGAGGACAUUGGCGAGGAGAGAACGCUACCGAGGAAACAGUCAUCUGCCCUCUAUCCUACGAAACUCGUAAGCCUCUGGACGGUUUGUGUGGCUACGGUUACACUGUCGCAUCUGGCGCUCUGAACGUUUACUUCGCUUCCGAUUUGAUCCACCGCUUGUUCCACAUGCCCAGCGUUGGAGAAGGCGUCGUUGAGCACUACGCAGAUACAUAUACCGAUUGUUUAGAGCUGGCUACAAGCAGCCCCGAGCAAGCAGUCAGAAACACUCACACCCUGCAGUACUUUGCACUAGAUGUGUACGCUUUCGAUAUUGCCUUGCCAAACGAUGGAUGCACUGGCAAAGCCCCCGAGGAGUCGAGCUCAAGUGCUGUUACCUCUGCUCUAGCCAGCCCCACAGAGGCAACUAGCACAAAUGCGGCGGUUACCGCAACUACGGCCGAUGAUGUUACCACAACAGCUUCAGCUGGUGCAGAAUGCCAUACACACUCCAACGGCGAUGUUCAUUGCUCAUAAGUGCGGGGAUAGGGACAAUGUUCACACCACAUCACGAAAAAGACAAAGCGUUAUUUAUUUCACGGACGUUGGUGGAAAAUGAUUACAGGAAUGGGAUGGACUGUGCCAGUUUUUAAAUAUGAUGUCAAU